AUGACCGUGGUGUCCACAGACAACAUGGACGAGACGUCCACCCUGCCGGGUCACCCGCAGGACCCCUACCCGCCUGACGACGACCACGACGACCACGACUGCUGCGAGCGGGUGGUCAUCAACAUCUCGGGGCUGCGCUUCGAGACCCAGCUGAAGACCCUCGCCCAGUUCCCGGAAACGCUCCUCGGGAACCCCAAGAAGAGGAUGCGCUACUUCGACCCCUUACGAAAUGAGUAUUUCUUUGACCGGAAUCGACCCAGUUUUGACGCCAUCUUGUAUUAUUAUCAGUCUGGGGGCCGGCUGAGAAGACCGGUCAAUGUGCCACUGGAUAUGUUUUCAGAGGAGAUUAAGUUUUACGAACUCGGCGCGGAGGCGAUGGAGAAAUUCCGGGAGGAUGAGGGGUUUAUUCGGGAGGAGGAGCGACCCCUGCCAGAGAAGGAGUUCCAGCGGCAGAUCUGGCUCCUCUUUGAGCAUCCGGAGAGCUCAGGGCCCGCCCGGGGGAUCGCCAUUGUCUCAGUGAUGGUUAUUCUUAUAUCAAUAGUCAUAUUUUGUUUGGAGACACUACCAGAGCUGAAGGAGGACCCCAAUGACCGGGUGCGGACGGUGGGGAACACCACCAUUUAUUACAAACCUAAUGUCCUCACAGACCCCUUCUUUGUAGUGGAGACGCUCUGCAUCAUCUGGUUUUCCUUUGAGUUGAUUGUUCGGUUUUUCGCUUGUCCCAGCAAGGCGGCGUUUUUUAAAAACAUGAUGAACUCUAUUGACAUUGUGGCUAUAAUCCCGUAUUUUAUCACACUUGGCACAGAGCUGGCUGACGACCAAGACAAUAAGGAGGGGAAGGCAGGAGGGGAACAGGCCACAUCUCUGGCUAUUCUCAGGGUUAUCCGUCUAGUGAGGGUGUUCAGGAUCUUUAAACUGUCCCGACACUCCAAGGGGCUCCAGAUUUUGGGUCAAACACUAAAGGCGAGCAUGCGGGAGCUGGGCUUGCUCAUUUUCUUCCUUUUCAUCGGUGUGAUUUUGUUCUCCAGCGCUGUCUACUUCGCCGAGGCCGAGGAGAAGGAGUCGUUCUUCACCAGCAUCCCGGAUGCUUUCUGGUGGGCGGUGGUGUCCAUGACGACCGUCGGCUACGGGGAUAUGUACCCUGUGACCAUCGGAGGGAAGAUCGUGGGCUCCCUGUGCGCCAUCGCUGGAGUGUUAACCAUCGCGCUGCCGGUGCCGGUCAUCGUGUCCAACUUCAACUACUUCUACCACCGGGAGACGGAGGGCGAGGAGCAGGCCCAGCUGCUCAACGUCAGCAACCAGAACUUGGCGUCCGACACCAACUCGAGCCGCCGCAGCUCUUCGGUGGUCAGCAAGUCGGAGUACAUGGAGAUAGACGAGGACAUGAACAACAGCAUCGAUAACUUUAGGGAAGCAAACCUUAGAACUGCCAACUGCACGGCUCCCAGCCAGAACUGUGUGAACAAGGCGAAGCUGCUCACGGACGUGUGAGGCGGCAACAACGCACCAGUGUAAAUAUUGUAGAAAAAUCUGGAUGCUUUAUCUUCAUUGGUGCAUUUUUUCUUCUUUUUUUUUGCAUUGAUUCAUUCAAACAUGUGUGAAGACUUAAGGAGUUCGAGGCGCACAUGGUAAAUUAAUAAGAGUAGAAGCUCAAUUACUUCAUUAAAAAAAACAACAGAUUUUUGGCAAUAGUGUAAAAAAGACAAGCAGGUGUCAAAGGAACGUUUUUGAUAAACUAUUCUCCCAUUUUAGUAAUUUGUACCCUUGAAUCACUUAAUUCACUGUAUGUCAAGUCUCAGAGAAAAAUCCUGAUGAUGUCAUAGUGAUGCCAUCAUGGUUAUCCCAGUUUAGGCUCCUAUGAGACUAUUCUUAUAGUAGAAGACAUGCCACCCGGUUGAAUUAUGGGAAAUGUAGGAUCCAAUGUUUUUAGAGCUUGACCUCAAAGUAAGGACUUGAAAGUUGGACUAUCUUGACCUCCGCUGCUUCAACGAGCGUCCCAACUUUAUUAACUUGAUUUUGGACUGAGAUACGUUGAUAAACUUCAAGUUUAGGCUGUUAAAAAAACAAUAUUGUCUUAUUUUUUGACAUCUCAUGGCAAUACAGCUUGUUUUAGAGGAACUUUGAUGCCCCAUUUCAUUAAAGCUAUUCUGGAGCUCUUCAUGGAUACAGAGGAUACAAGAGAGAACACAGGGAGCAAAUGAACUCAGUUGAGAGGAAGAUUUUGUAUAUUUGAGGGAAUUAAUUAAGUUUAUUUGUACCUUUCAACAACAAGGCGUCAAAAUGCUGUAAAAGUGCUGUAUAAAGGUAUUAAGGUAAGACAUAAAGGAAACAAGACAAUAUAAAACAUGAUAAAACAUUAAACAGGAGGCUGAAAAUGAGAGUUUUAAGCCUUGAGGGUUCCAGUGAGUAAACUAACUUAACAUAUUGAGAACACAUGGGAAUAUUUUGCAACUUGAGGGCACAAUUUACUAAUUUGACACCAGAAUUUUAUCAAAAAAAAAUCCCCCUGACACCUGCCAGACUUUGCACAAAAGACUCCAUUUUUAGGGAAUAAAAGAAAAAAAAAAAAAAGAAGAAACAAAACAAACACAACAAAGCCCGACUGAGAUUUGAAGAACGAAACCGAGGACGAGUCGCUCCCAGAAGAGACACACUCGGCUGGAUUACAGUUGACGUUCAGGCGUGGGGUUUUUUUUUUUCGCGGCACAUCCAGGGAAGUUUUAGGAAAACUCAUCGCCAGGUGUCGAUCGAUGUUUUUCAGGCACUUUAUCAGAAACAAACAGGAAGUGUGCCGAGCCUUGUGGAGGAUUAUCUGCACUGCUGCUGCUGCUGCUGCUGCUGCCACAGGUCGGCUGGAGGUUCCCUGUAUGAUGCCAUGCAACACUCCUUUAUAUAAAAGCAUGUGGAGACUCUCUUCUCUCUUAUAUCGGCAUGCACAAGAUGUUACCUCAUUUUUAUUUUUGGAUUUUUGUUUUUCUUCUUUGACCGUCAUCUUCUCCUCCUGGAUCGCUGUUUUUUCUCUCAUUUGUUUUCACCAAAAGUGCACUGGCUAUUUAUUAUUGUUUAAGUUAUUUCAGAGCAUUUAAGUGUUGAAUGUUAAAAGCAUUAAGGGAACAGGAACACUUCUUUUUCGAAGAUCAUGGCAUGUCAAAAUACUAAAAAGCAUUAUGGCCUAAUUAGCUAAGGUAUAGCUACGUAUACUCAAUGCAUGACGUCAGUAUUAAAUUGCUUGCAGCUGUGGAGGGACCUCGGGAGCUGGGGGAUGAUGAUGAUGAUGAUGAUGAUGAUGAUGAUGAUGAUUCUCCUCAUUAUUGUCAAGCUAAUGACAGGAAACGGUGCAUGACGGAGCUAACAGCCAGAAAGGACAAAUCUGAUAGAAAAAAAACAAAAAUACAAAAAACAAGACAAAAAAAUA